GCAAUUUCAGAUCACCCCAUUUCCAAAUCGUAAUGAACCAUUUGGGAAUGAAAGAGUUAUUAACCGGACAAGAUGAAAUUGACAACGUUGCAUAUGAUCCAAGCGAGAAAGGACAAUGGCGCCUGCGAUUGUUCCUUUCGUGCCAAUCUAAUGAUUUAUUCAAUAUACAAGAUGUUAUAGAAGAUUACAAUCUCAAAUAUGUCUAUUCACAAGAUGAAAUUGGUUAUGCUGUUGUAAAUUCCAACGACUUGCUUACAUUUUGGACACUUUGGGAGGUUACUCGUUAUUGCGUACUUUCAAGGUUACGGACACCAUUCGGAGGACCAAAGCAGACAUUUGAUGCUUUUGAAAAGAGAUUAAAUGAAUUACUGGCAGAUGACCUUUUGAUUUCUAUAAAAAAUGAAUUGGAUGAUGAUAAUUUACAUUAUAGUAUGAUAAAUCGUUAUCAAUUACGUGACUUAAUAAAUUUGUUUGAUCGCUUGGAACUUCAAAUAUAUAAUGCUACUGUUGGGACUUCACUUGGAAAUAUACCACAAGCACCACGUGCCAUCUGUGAUGAUUGGUUUUCUCGUAUUAGAACAGGAAUUGUUAAAGGUGCUAAAAUCAUUGGAGAUGAUGCUCUGGCCGUUAUGCACGGUUUUCGGGCACUUGCACAACGAGUAGCUUCGCUAAAUCAAGGACUGAUUACCAGUGAAAAUAUUUGGUUGACAGACUUUCAACAAAUUUUGAGUGAUGUCGUUGAAUGUCUGCAAAGAUUACAUGCUGGGGAUAGUAUUAUUGGGCUUUUAGCAUGGUCUCGACGUAUCUGCUCAAGUGACAAAAAUCAAGAAGCAAGUUUAUCGGACCACACUAAUGACUUUACCGCGGGUGAAAACAUUGAACCAGUCAACUCUACUCAAAAGCAUAAAUCUAUUUCAAAUCAGGCAAAUUUUGAUUGGAUGAAUGGGUCUCAUUUGUUCGCGGAAUCUAGAUAUGAACUUGCUGCAAGUGAAGCUAUUGAUUCUUUUGACUGCCUUCUUGAAGUUGAUCCUGAAAUGGAAACUAUUUUGCCAAAAGCUCGAUUUUUAAGCUCUCAAAUAAUUGAUAGCUAUUGUAUGAUGCAAGAUUUGUCUUCAUUAGCACAAUGGGUUCAUGCACAUGAUGAAUCUGAAAUAAUUGUAGAUCACUUGGUAAAGAUAAAUCAAGACUAUUUAACAGCGCUUGCAAAAUAUCACGAUAGUGAUUACUUGGAUGCAUGGAAGCUUAUUGAUAAUGUUCCACCACAAAUAUCACAAAAAUAUCUCAAUUAUC